AUGCCUGUACAUAACGCGUCAAUCGCGUAUCAGACCCACAACGAGGUCCUGUCGCACGUCGCGCCGAAGCCCACACGCCGGACAACUAAUGACUACGCGUGCAUUAACGCGAGGCGACACUAUCAUCAAAAGCUACAAUAUGAUACAUCAGAUAACUUAGCAAAACGGCGAAGGACACACCACGCUUGUCCGUUGCGCCCGGUCCAGACCGCUCCAUCCCACCCACCUGCCCCAAUGGCCGCGCACCGCUGUGCGUUUUUUCGGACUCUAAGUGAGUUUCGGAACGGCAACCGGAAGUCUUCUGUGAACGUAACGGAGCAUGCCACCGAAUGA